AUGGGUCGCCGCCAUCGCCGUUCGAAGGUCACUCGAGUAGUGAAUCUCGUCAAGAAGAUCAUCGCCUUCUUCUUCUCGCAUAUAGGUCUCUGUGCACUGGUGGUCGGAUAUGCAUUGUUGGGAGCGGUCAUUUUUCAAGCAGUCGAAGGUCCACAUGAAGAGCAGAUUCAAUCGUCCGUGACGGCAGCUCGUAGCAGAGCCGUUGACGUCGUGUGGAAUGCCACGUUUCGUGUGAAUCGGCUCAAUCAAGAUCAGUGGAAGUCAGCCGUCUAUAAGGAGGUGAAGAAAUUCCAAAAGAUAUGCAUGCAGGCGAUACGAAAAGGGUAUGAUGGGAAGGAGUUCAAGCAGGCCGCCCAAUGGACGUUCACAGGCGCAUUCCUCUACUCACUUACUGUCAUCACCACAAUAGGUUACGGGAACACUGCAGCCAAGACGUACAUCGGCAAGACGUUGACGAUGCUCUACGCGAUUAUUGGCAUCCCACUUAUGCUUCUUUUCCUCACAAAUAUUGGUGAUGUAAUGGCUAAAAUAUUCAGGUUCCUCUACGCACAAUCGAUUCGCCUCAAAUUCCGAUUGAUACUAUGGCAUAAGAAAAGGAAGGCGGCCAAAAUUCGCCGUGCAAAUUCGCUUGUUUCUCGGCUCACUAGAGCCCACCGGGUGAAGAACGACUCUUCUAUUGAUUCGUUUGCCGUUGGUGGUCCUGAUGUCGAGGAUCUCCUCACGGCUCGUGUUGAGAUGGAGCAAUUAGAGGUGCGUGAGACGGCCCAGGCGCAGCUGGAGAAGAUCAGCGUCCCUUUAUCGCUGGUCGUACUCACAAUGUUCGCCUAUCUUAUUGCUGGAACAAUUCUUUUCAAGCUAUGGGAGGGCUGGACAUUCCUCGAGAGCUUCUACUUCUGCUACAUCUCACUUACUACAAUAGGAUUCGGCGAUCGCUUCCCGGGCGCAUCCGUUGGCAACAAUAAAGACGCUCAGGAGAAAUUAGUGAUCACUUCCGUAUACCUACUGUUUGGUAUGGCACUGCUCGCCAUGUGCUUCAAUCUUGCCCAGGAGGAAGUGCAGGUCAAGACGCGAUGGAUUGCUGAUCACUUCCGUUCGAAACAAGAUGACGACGAUGAUUAA